AUGCCUGACGCUCGUUCAUCCAACUCUGAGCCAGGAGUGGAUCCCUCUCACAACGAUCCAGAAGCAGACUUCAUGCUGGUUUCAUCCGAUAAUGUUGCUUUUAAGAUAUACAAGUUUUACCUUCUGGCCCACAGCACGAUCUUUCGAGACAUGAUUUCCAGCUGCUCAGCCCCUGCGGAGACUACAGAUCGAUUGGAUUUCACAGACUCUCAAAUCGGACAUUCAUCUACUAUCACUAUCUUCCUCAAUACAAUCUGUGGUCGACCUUUGAAAUUGGUCAGAGAUUCCCUCGGUCCCUUCCGCGACUGUAUUCAGUUCUGCAAAAAGUACGAAUGCGAAAUUUUGUGGACAGCUCUUCGUGCGCAUGCAGCAGCGUUCCUCGAUCAACACAUCUCUCCACAUUACAUAUUCAUCAUCGUUGCCGAGUUGGACGACGUCGAUUUGGCUUCAAGAGCCAUAUCUACGGUAGGUUCAUGGCAAUGGCCUAUCGACGAGGUCAUUCCCGAUCUACCACGAUGGAUGACCUCUGGGGAAGUGGAAGAAAGCAAGACUGCUACAUCAUUGGGUCUUAGCAAAGGAGCGGGAGUACUCGAAAUCACUUCAUGGCCUAUCUGGGAGUUUCAUCGUGUUCCUUUACCUUACGUUAUAGGAUUGAUCAAAGUGGGAAGGAAGUUCAGUUUGGCGGCAAAUAGCGGCAAUGAUAUUCCUGCUGGAAAAUAUUUCAAGGAGAUCAUGGAGGAGUGGCAGAAGGGAAGAUAA